CUGUUGUAGAAAAGUAUUUAAUGAAAACGAUCCAGUAGAAUAAUAAACAUUCCAACACCAACCCAUACAAUUAAUUACGUGCGCGCGCUUAAAAAAACACUCAUGAAUAAGGACGAAAUUACACAGGAAGACAAUGAACAGCUGCUCAGACUGCCGUUGGGCGAGAUCAGAGGCCAACGCUGCCAAACAAUUUAUGCGCAUGCUUACUACAGUUUUGAGGGUAUACCCUAUGCAAAGCCACCAUUGGGCGAGUUGCGCUUCAAAGCACCACAACCUGUUGAGCCCUGGGCUGGCGUAAAGGACUGCACGCAAUGUGCGAGCAAACCAAUGCAAAAGAAUUCGCGCACUGGUGGGGUGGAGGGUGCCGAGGAUUGUCUAUAUCUCAAUGUUUACACAAAAGAACUAAAAAGCGAGCAGUUGUUGCCUGUUAUGGUAUUUAUAUUUGGCGGUGCAUAUUAUAUGGGCGGAGCUACAAGAAACUCUUAUAGCCCAGACUAUUUUAUGAGCGAAAAAGUGGUGCUGGUAACACUAAACUACCGGCUGUGCUCCCUAGGUUUUCUUAGUCUCGCGGAUCCUGCGCUACAAGUACCCGGCAAUGCAGCGCUCAAAGAUCAAAUACUCGCGCUCAGAUGGGUGAAACAAUAUAUCAGUCACUUCAAUGGCGAUCCCAACAAUAUAACAGUGUUUGGAGAAAGCGCCGGCGCUGCUAGCGUUCAUGCGCUAAUGCUUAGCGAACAGACUAGCGAUCUUUUUCAACGCGCCGUCCUUAUGUCCGGCACUGCGCUAAGCUAUUGGGUCAACAUGCCGCAGACUGAUAUGGCCUAUAGAUUAGCAAAAUUUAAUGGUUAUAGCGGUGAGAAUAUAGACGCAGAAGUAUUAUGCUUUCUACAACAAUUAGAACCUGCCAAACUGGUACAACAUUCGCUGCUCAAUGAGGAGGAACGUAGAAAGUUGUACAUAUUUCCUUUCGGCCCAAUUGUGGAGCCAUAUAUUAGCGCGGAUUGUGUUUUGCCAAAGCGACCAUUUCAGCUGUUAAAAAAUACCUGGAGUAAUCGCAUACCAUUGAUUAUUGGCGGUAACUCCUUUGAGGGUCUCUUUAUGUAUCAACGUCUGAAGAUGUUUCCACAAAUAAUGCGUACGCUUUUGAAUGAUCCAGAGCGGAUUUUACCAGAGGACGCAAAAGAAGCUUAUACGCCUGAGCAGCGGCGGGAAAUGGGUACAAAUAUGCUGAAAUUAUUUUUUGGUGCGAAAGAGCCAAGCGAUCGUUCGGUGUUCAAAUUUCUAGAUAUUUAUGGCUACAAGCAAUUUUGGCAUGACAUCCAUCGCACUAUUUUGGCACGUUUGUCCUAUGCCUCUGCUCCAACUUACCUAUAUCGUUUCGAUUUCGAUUCACCAGAUUUUAAUUUGUAUCGUGCAAAGUUUUGUGGCCACGAUCCAGUGCAUGGCGUCGCGCAUGCCGAUGAGCUAUCAUACAUGUUUUUCUCAAAUGACUCGUGGAAAGUUAGCUUGGACUCGGCGGAAUAUAAAACCAUUAGGCGGUUAAUUGGCAUUUUAGUUGCCUUUGCCAAGAACUCCGAUCCUCACUGUGAUGAAAUUAAACCAAUUGUAUGGCAUGCGCUUGAGAAGUCCAACCCGAGCUUGGCUUUGAAUAUCAGCAAUGAUUUGAGUAUAAUGGAAUUGCCGGAGAGUGUGAAACUGAAAGCAUUUGAUGAAUUAUUUGCAUCAACGGAGCAAUUGUAUUGAUAAGUUGUUUUACUAGUUACAUUCCUUAACCUACAUACAU